GAAAUUUAUUUAGAAAUGUUGCCUUCUGUAGAGUUCUUUUCUAAUGUUCAUGUCUGUCAUUUCUUUAGGGAUACCGCUGGGCAGGAACGCUUCCACACAAUAACCACAUCAUAUUACAGAGGAGCAAUGGGUAUUAUGUUGGUGUACGACAUUACUCAGGAGAAAACAUUUGAUAACAUCUCCAAAUGGCUGAGGAACAUUGAGGAGCAUGCAAAUGAAGAUGUAGAAAAGAUGAUUCUUGGUAACAAGUGUGAUAUGGAUGAUAGAAGAGUUGUCAGCAAAGAACGAGGGGAACAGAUUGCCAAAGAGCAUGGCAUUCGCUUCUUGGAGACGAGCGCCAAAACCAACAUCAACAUAGAACAGGCAUUUUACAACCUAGCCGAAGAUAUUCUAAAGAAACAAUUGAGCAAGGACAACGAGGAAACUUCUCAAAACAUUCACGUUAGCAAUACACAAGAGAAGAAGGGCGGUUGCUGUUAAAGAAAGUCUAGCAGCAGUUAUAUUUUUGUUUAAUAAUUCACUAGAAUGUACAGUCAAUCCAAGUGAAUAAGUGAGGGAGUCAAUCCUCUAAACAAAUGUAUUUAGUGUCUGCGUUCGACUUGGUAGGGAGGAUGGACUUUGUCACCUUCCUCAGGUGGAAGAUUUUAGAUGUUGAAAUAGUGUGUUGCUGUCUUUGUAAAGAGUGGCCAAAAGGCCACUGGCAUACCUGUGGGGUAGUAGAAAUGGGAAACAACCAAACAGAUAACAUUAGAGUUGACCAUCUUUAUUAACUUAUCAUUAGAGUUGACUGUUCAAGAUAAUUACUCUUCUUACUGAUUCUCAUACAUUUUGUUCAGUGUUAGUUUUGAGAACUUGACAUUAGAUCAGGUUUGAGUUCUGUUGGUGAUUUUCUAUAUUCUCAUCACCUAUGUGCUUGAGAUUGUGUUGAUAAUGUAAGAACAUAUUCAAUCCCAUUUCUCACUCUAAGGAAUCAAAGUGUUAACCUUUGUUUCUUAGGAUUAUUUCAAGGAGCAAAGUAGCAGCCUUAAGAUAUUAUAACCUAUGUAAACGUUCUUUUUAUAAAGUAAAGUGAUUUAGUCAUAGCAGUGAAA